AUAGCUUCCAUACUGAUCCUAGAUCAGCACACCGGCCCUACCGGUUUUCUAAAUAGUCACGAAAGAAUACACUUUUCAUAGAGGAAAUAUGAGACCAGUCGGCUCAAUGUACACAUACCUGUAUCCUAUGUGAAUAAAGGUGACAUAUACGAAAGGACGGUAGCUGGAACAGCGUGUCAAAGGUCAUAUUCAGUUCUGAUGACUGACAUAGUACCGGUACAUUAUUUACUAACGCCCCUCAACAGGCCUUACAUAUAGGCCUGUUAUCAACUCGAUUUUUUCUGUGGGUAUAGACUGUCAUACGACGUAAGUAACUCUGGAUAGUGGAUUUAACUAGAACACGUAUUAGGGACGGGAAGAGCUUGUGUUUGGAGUUUGCAAUAUAUAUGUCAAGCUGGUGACGAGGACUGAUUCCUGCCUACAGGUAAUGUUUUGUUGUACAUUUAAACGGAUGCCCCAACAGCUGUGGGGCUGAUAUCAUUUAGGUGGAGAGAGUGACCUAGAUACAAUCUGUGUACAAACUAUUUAACGUUCACAUAGAUCCGAGACGUUUGAAUUUACCUUUCCACAGUAUAAAGGGUGUACGGUUACUGUCUUUUUCAGUGUGACACGCCAGUUUCACUCUACUACUUAUUCACCUGGAACUACAUGUACAUGCAUAAACAGGUCAUGAACGCUGUACACUAACACCACCUCAUAAAUGUACAUCUAUGAACAGAGUGUAUAGCCCUGGUACAUCAUAGGUGCGGAAGGAAUGUUAUUUUUAUAAUUACCUACACCUAGCCAUCGGGUAUAUUUAUACCCCUGUAGAAAGACCAAGAGGACAUUUGAUUAAUUACUGCUAAAGGCUUAUGGGUGAAUGUGAGAGUAAGUGUCUCCAUGUACGCACUGGCAGAAGACAGGGAGUGUGUAGCCUUGGGAUACAACGCAUGGCGGUUGUUUAUCUGUCUGAAUGGAUAUGAGCAGUCUGUAUAUCUACACAUGUACUGGUAUAACGAACACGCAUAUGCAGGGCACCUCAAGGUUCCCAGCGGACCUGAGUCGUCGAUGAACCUCCAGGAAAAAGUGGACGGAUCAACCAGCAGACAUGUGGCCAUUCCUUGGACAAGGGUAUUAUAGGUAGGGAAGAAGAGAACUCUACCCCAGGUGAACAAAAACUGGUGGCACUCGUGUGCACGGCAUUGGUCACAGAGAAUAUGUCCGGGAAGCCCGUGUCAGUAGAUCACAUCCGCAGAAUCCGAAACUACAGAGUUAAGCUUUGUCAGAGUGCACUCCUCAAAGAUGGCAACACCACGUGUUUGUUUUCGGGUAUCAUGGAGCCAGGUGAGUCCGGGGACGAAUAUGCCGUGGCGCUGGGGAAAAACGGCCACGUAGUUAUCUGCAGCAUUACCAAGGGAAAAAUGGUUGUUUUCGGUAAACAACAGCAGCAUACAACACUACUGCAUCUGCUGUGUGAGUCACGAAUGCCUCUACUACAAUUCUUAUUAAGACGGUACCAGAGAAAGACAAAGUCGGUAUUCAAGGGACUUUUGAAGUCGACAGAAGAUGGUCGCUAUGACGUAGUUACCACCUAUCUGGUGAAUAACUUUGCAGACCUGGCUUACAUAAGGGACAACAAAGACAAAACUCCUCUUGACCGGCUGAUUCAGAUGUUUGGAAGCUCAGAUCAGUGCUUACAGCAGUGGGUAGCUGUGUUUAGGCAACUGACCGCAGUCGGUGACAGAGACGACCCAUCCAACAAUAGCUGCUUCGUGCACUCGGUUAUAAAAAAGCUGUGUCAGAUUAAAUUAAUGCAACGAGAAUGUUAUGAGAACUGCACAUGCAAAAGUGGACUGUUUCAAACACUGUGGUACAUCAACAGGGAAAUGGUGGAGGCCAAGAGCUUCGUUUGUGCGGCCACAUCUGGUAAUUACGAUAUAAUGUUCUUGUUGUUGAGGAUUGAAGCAACUCUCUCCAUGUCGUCUUUAGUGAUUACUGAAAUAGCACCUAACGAAGGUGCAAGCGCUCCAGAACCAAUUAUAGUCUUCCUGAUAAAGUCCCUCUCCAAUCACUCUAAAGACAAGGAAAGAGACCUUCUUGGCAUUAUAGAAAUCUUGGUCAAGCGAGAGGACAUUGACAUUAACAAACAGGAUGACGAGGGAUUAAAUGCAGUGUUUUAUGCUGCUCUUUAUCGUUUUCGCGAGAUAUUCCACUUCCUGUUAAACCUUCCAGAAUACAGGGCCGAUUGGCGAAAUGACCGAAAUGAAUCCCUCUAUGAAUUGUUCUUAUGGUCAAAUAUAGCCUCUUCCAACCCUGGUGCUUUCAUUGCAGUGCAAAAAAUUGCACUACAGUCUCGUGUAUUAUUACAAUCUGUCAGUUCUUUUGAAAACAUCAGUUUAAAAGUAGAUUCACCCACAUUGUUAAGAGAAACCUCGAAAGAUCAAGAGGAAGAGACAGAUCAAGAGAUCUUCAGGAAGAAAAUCACUGACAACUUUCCACGUUUGUGUGAGGACAUGCAACCAGAUGGCAAGUGUUUGGACGUUCUAAUUCAAAGAGGUAUUUUCCCUUGGAACAAAAUAGAUAGCCUGGAUAGCGAGAAAACCAGGCACAACAGGGCCAGAAGAGUGCUCACUUUGGUAUUACGCUCUGGAAAGAAGGGACGAGAAGCAUUGCUGGAAGCUCUGAGACAAUCAGAGCAAGAUCAUUUGGUAGAGUUAUUGGAGAUGGACCGAACGCAGUCCUACAAGACCCUGUCUCCUGACAGUUCAGUGGAUAGAUUGCACUUCAAAAACUCUUUGGAAGACAGUUCUUCAACCAGAAAAGCUACUUGUGACCUCCCCGUCUCGCAUGAACUAUCAUUUGAUCAUAAUACCUACAUGUGUUCCUCUGACGUGUUUUUGGAAGGUAACCCGGUCUGUUCCUGGGUUUCGCAAUCAAGUGAUCGGUCAAAUAUGUUAUCAACUUCUGGACCCGAGACUAUUGUUGACGUGUAACUCCGCCACUCUUGGUGCUUUAUCAUACAUCGGAUUUUACUCUCCAUUGAAAGCCUUUGUCCAUCGACACGAAUCUUUUACGAAAAACAAAUCCAUAUUUCGUCUCAGUAUAUCAGGAAAUCUAGAAAAGCGUAUAUUUAAUCUCCACCAAAGGUUGACAGUCGGGGGUUUCCAGUUCGAGCUCUUUUAUCGAUAAGGGUAGAAAGUCCAACAGUAUUAAGUGACUUGUUAAACAUGUUAGGCAACUAUUUUUGACAACAUCCACUAUAACAUGGGCGUCCAAAAAUUUUUCAUAAAAAAAAUCAGACUAGACGAAGGGUGGAGAAAAUUGAGGUGCUGAACGUUUGUGAACUCGAGGAGUUCAUAAAGGAAAGCGAUGUCAUUUGUGCCUCUGCAACAGAGUAAGACAGGUGAUCAGUAAAUUAAUGUCACCAAAGGUUGUUUAACAGUUUUCACCAGUCGCAUGACACAGUAGGACUGUUUUUUUUCCAACUAGAAUUUCCCCUAUUCCCUGAGUGAUGCAUAAAAUACCCGCACCUAUGGACAUAUGUAUGUUCAUAUAUGGAAAAUGGAUUUUUCUUCACAGGACAUUUUGUACGCUCUGAACUGUGAAUUGGUACACAGAAUGUAGACAAUUCCUCCUAUUUUCAAGCUAGGAUAUUACUGUAUUUUAUACCGAUAACUGCUGGAAUUGUUAGCACAAAUUUUGUUAUAAUGUAAGGAAGGCUAGAUACACGUAAAUGUUCCUCUUGUAACCUUGACUCCUUGACCUGUGGCCUACUUUACUCAUCAUCUGAUCUAAAACAUAGUCAAUUUAUUAUACAUUACCAUAUAAAGAUAGAUGUAUUGUUAUUAGCGUAGACCCUGUAUAAAUGUAAAUGAAUUCAUGUAUGGUACCUUUGAAUUGUCACAAAACCUUUGUUUUGUUCUGAGAAGAAACUACCGAGCUAUUAUCCCAUGUAU